UCUGCGGACCCGAACUCCGGGCCAGUUGCAGUGACCCGCAACCUUGAGGCCGUUCUACCAGCGCCGCUAGACGAUGUUUACCACCUGGUGGUGACGGAUAGAUUCUACACGUCGGUUCAGCUCGCGCUUCAGCUACUACAGCGCAAUGUAUAUUCAAUUGGAACUAUCAUGGGGGACAAAGUCGGAUAUCCACAAGAAAUCGUGGAAAAGAACCGCAAUCGUCCUAAGCGCGUGCAGCAUGGAGCGGUGCGGAUGGCGGUGGCUCGGAACUGUGGAUUGAUGACGGGAUUAGUUUGGUGGGACCGGAAGCCCGUUCAGUUCUUAGGAACCGAAUCAAGCAGAGCAAUGGAGACAUAUCGUAAGUACCUA